GUUCAAGUGGUGGUCGGAACGAAUCGAUUUGUGAAGGGAAAUGAUCGCUGUAAAUUGAAAUUCAAACAUAUAAUUGUUAACCCGGCCAGCACGUUUUCCAUUUGGACUUCACAGCCAUUUAGAGUGAUCCGAGAUCGAGUGAAGGCUAUAGCGGUCAACCAGUUUUGCAAUGCGAUCGUUCUGAUUGAGGCACAAACCCGGCCAGGUUGUCCUCAAUUCUGUCCUGAGGUUCAUCAACCUGUUUGCGGAGAAGCUACAAUUAGGGGACAAUUGGUGCGAUGUGAGUUCGGAAAUGGAUGUAAAAUGGGGGUCAGCUCCUGCCGCCGUAACAUAAAUUGGCGCGAGCGACCCUUGGAAAACUGUGAAAGGCCCUCCCCCAUCUGCAGGCAACUUCGCUAAUCUAUAAAUAUUUUUUCGCAAAUAAUGGAGUACAUUUUAAAGACUCAGUUAUGACGUUAGUUUACCGACUGACUCGUUCGCAAAAUAAAAUAUGGUUUGGA